AUGGGUAAUCAACAAUCCAGUUUCGGUGGUGCUGGAGGGGGCGAUGGAAGAGACGAGAAGAGCAAAAAGGACAAGCCCAAGUACGAGCCGCCGCCCCAGCCGACCACUCGUGUCGGACGCAAGAAGCGCAAGGCCGCUGGCCCCAAUGCAGCACAGAAGCUCCCUACCAUCGUCCCGAAUUCGCGAUGUAAAUUACGAUAUUUACGAAUGCAGCGAAUCCACGACCAUCUGCUUCUCGAGGAGGAGUAUGUCGAGAACCAGGAACGUAUCCGGAAGGCGAAGGCUCAGGCGAGCCAGGCACCCUCUGCGACCGGUGAGCUGGACGCCCUGGACAGAAACGCGGAUGAGAGGAGUCGAGUAGACGACAUGAGAGGCAGCCCGAUGGGCGUCGGGAAUCUGGAGGAAAUGAUCGAUGAUGACCACGCCAUCGUGUCCAGCGCUACGGGCCCCGAGUACUACGUCUCGAUCAUGUCCUUCGUGGACAAGGAUCUGCUGGAGCCAGGAGCCAGCGUCCUUCUCCACCACAAGUCUGUGUCGGUGGUCGGCGUGUUGACCGAUGACACAGACCCCUUGGUAUCAGUGAUGAAGCUCGAUAAGGCGCCCACAGAGUCCUACGCGGAUAUCGGAGGCCUGGAGUCACAGAUCCAGGAGGUCCGAGAGGCGGUCGAGCUGCCGUUGCUGCAUCCCGAGUUGUACGAGGAGAUGGGAAUCAAACCGCCGAAGGGUGUCAUCCUGUACGGCAGUCCGGGAACGGGCAAGACGCUUCUUGCCAAGGCGGUGGCCAACCAGACGAGUGCUACCUUCCUUCGCAUCGUGGGUAGUGAGCUGAUCCAGAAAUACCUGGGUGACGGUCCUCGGUUGGUGCGGCAGAUCUUCCAGGUCGCCGCCGAGCACGCACCGUCGAUCGUGUUCAUCGACGAAAUCGACGCGAUCGGAACCAAGCGGUACGACUCGACAUCUGGUGGUGAGCGAGAGAUCCAGCGGACGAUGUUGGAGCUUCUGAACCAGCUGGAUGGUUUCGACGACCGUGGCGACGUCAAGGUUAUCAUGGCGACCAACAAGAUUGAGAGUCUGGACCCGGCGCUGAUCCGUCCUGGACGGAUUGACCGGAAGAUUCUCUUUGAAAAUCCUGAUCAAAACACGAAGAAGAAGAUUUUCACGCUGCACACGUCGAAGAUGUCACUCAGCGACGACGUGGACCUGGACGAGUUCAUCAACCAGAAGGACGACCUGUCGGGGGCGGACAUCAAGGCGAUCUGUUCGGAGGCGGGUCUGAUGGCACUGCGCGAGCGGCGGAUGCGGGUGCAGAUGGACGAUUUCCGGGCGGCGAGAGAACGAGUGCUGAAGACGAAGAACGAGAGCGAGCCUGAAGGGUUGUAUCUGUAG